AUGGCAUGCAUUUACAUUAUGGUGAACAAUGCUGCAGUGACCAAGCAAUUAGUUGCGGCCACAGCCAUAGCAAGAUCAAAUGUAAAGCUUGGGAAAGCAAUAAGAUCAGCCACUUUUUGGGGAACAAAGAAGAAUAUUAUGCCAGCAAUAAAGAUGCAGCUUCAUAACAAUAAUGAGAAACCAAAUGGCGAAUUCGAUCCCGAGUCUCUAUUCCGGAAACAGGCAGCCGAGUUGGACUUGGUUUUAAAUGAUCCCAAAUUCCAGGAGGAGUUGGAUGUGGCGCUGAGGGACUUUUCGCUGUAUUACGUAAAGAGGCUGACAGAGCAUUACAAAAACGAAGAGGGAAAGGGCCCUGAAAUCUACGUAAAAAGAGACGAUAUGAACCAUUUUGAUGCCAUCGCAGAGGUUAUGACUGCCAAACGCAUGGGGCGGAAGAGCGUGGUUGCGGCCAUUAGGGAUGCCCAGCUCGGCGUUACCACUGCAGUGGCCUGCGCCAAAUAUGGUUUAGAUUGCACCAUUUUCAUGGCCUCUUAUGAUAUCGAGAACCAGUCUUCAAGUGUCCAAUUAAUCAACUGCUUAGGUGCUCAGGUGAAACCAGUAGAGGGAAACUUGAACAACGCAUUAGCAGGGGCGAGGCAAGAGUGGAUGACGGGGAACCUGGGAACGACCACUUAUCUUGAUGGCACGGUGGUAGGGCCGCGGCCGCGCCCAUCUGAUCCAGAGGAAUGGGGGGUCAAACCAGACGUGGUUUUCGGCUGCACUGACUCAAAUGACUUGCCCCUCGUCUUCCAUGACUUCAUCCAGCAACAGGAUGUGAGGUUGAUCCGGGUCCUGCAGCCUCCUACUGGAAUGCACCAAAUUCUGACCCCUCAUUCCAUAGGUGAAGAGGUGGAAUACACAGGAGAAGGGCUAAAGCUGAGGCUUGUGAAGGAGACAGGGAAAGUUGAAUUUCACACGGUGGCCGAUACGGAGGCGGUGGAAGCUCACGAUCUGCUAAUUAAGUUGGAAGGCAUAUACCUAUCAAAGGAGGCUUCUUAUGCCUUUGCAUAUCUUCACAAGCUUUGCCCCACUCUGCCUGACGACUGCAAGGUGGUCGUGGUGAUAAACUGUCUAUUAGUUGCUUUUGCUACUCUAUUAUAUCAAAUUGGAAAAUGUGCUACUUUUGAUUAUGAGGUGUUUGUCAUUGGUCAACUAAGGCGGCACAUUGGUUCUCAAGCUCUUAGAUUACCCAUUGCUUAUCCCAGAUUGAUUUAUGGAAUUAUGUUGUCUCAAAAGCCUUACUUGCUCGUAGCUAAUGAACCUAUUGCUGAAAAUCUAGGGUUGCUGAAUUUCAACUACAAAUUAUUUCAAGGGCAUUAUGUUUCAAAUAUUGCUCCUUCGUCUUUCAUUAUUGUUGAGGAAGCUCCAAGUAUUGGAUUUGUUAUGUCUCCUUUUGGACUUCGUCUUAUGCACACUUUAUCUGAGGAACUUAAAAUGCUUACUGAUAUUAUUGAUCGUGCCUCUGAAUAG